CUCCUUAGCCCCAACCUUCUUGUAUCGUGUAUAUAUCUCAUAGUCUCGCCAUGGCUCCAAUCUCAGCCCCAUCUCGCCCCUCCCCGGACAAUCUAGCCUUCCCCUUCCUCACCUUCUUCCCUAUCGUCUUCGGCCUUGUCACUCCCUCCGUCCCUGCCAUUAAAUCCGACACUUCUUCCACUCCCUCCGCCGACUCUGCUGCUCUCCCCACUGCCACCUCGCAUGACAGGUCUCCCGCACCCUCAGCCGCCAAGUACGCUGCUGCUCAUCACCCCCUCACCGACCUCAUCGGCGCCGACACCAAUGACAAGACCUCCGGAGACCUUCCCGCUGCGUUAGUGAUUGUCGGGCGAGACCUUGACACCACCUCUCCAACUCAAGGCCCUUUCACCUCCCCUGCCCCCACCGGCUCCAACGGCUUGACUCACACCGGCACCAUCGCUCUGGCCUGCGUCCUCGCUAUCGCUUCAUCAUCUCUCUCGCGUUUGUCGUAUGGUGGUUCCUUCGACGAAAAUCUCGCAAGGGCGGUGACUCUGUUUCUGGCGCCCCCACAAAUGCCAGAGUCCCGGGUGGGGAGAAACUCUCCCGAGCAAGACUCUGAGGGGCCUGGGCAACUCUCGCCAGCGGCGUGCGGUCGGCGUGGGUUUUCCCCCGGCCUGCCAACACCUCCCACAGCCGUCACUCCCGGCUCCGCCAUCACCGUCACUCGACGCUCUAUUGCCCGUGCUCAAGCAUCGGUAAUCCAUCUUGAGCCUGUCACAGAGCCACCAGAGACCAUCAGCAAAACCGAAAUGCCUUUCCAACCCGAGUCAAUCACCAGGUGA